AUGCAAGCAUCUGGAGCUCUUCCCAUGGCGACAAUGGUGAUGAUAGGGAUGCCAUGCAACCCUCAUCCAGCCAACCAUGGGUUUCCGCUUGAGAGAUGGCCCUCUUUCAAUCCUCAGCAAAUGCAGCAGAACUUCAAGGAUGCCUUUGGGAAUCUGGGUAUAGAUUAA